AUGUUGCAAGACCCAAUAGGGAUACCAAUCCCGUCUUGUUUUUCAUCUAGUAGUUCUAAUGAAGAUCAACCCACUGGUGUCACAAAAUCUGGCCAGACACUUUUUAUGUCUGUUUACAAGACCAAAAUAGGCGGAAACAGUCGAUACAUAACCAUAACAUGGUUUAAACACAUGUUACUUCAUGGUUUAUCGGUAUCCGUCGAUGGACAUGACCCAAAUGAGGCUGACUACACUUGUAAAGUGGAGCUAAAGCCAUGGUGCUUUUGGAAAAAACAAGGGUCUAAAAGGUUUACAACGUCCGAUAAGGCCAAUUUCGACGUUUUUUGGGAUUUAAAAGGUGCAAAGUUUCAUGGUGAGACAGAACCGAGCUCAGAGUAUUAUGUGGCUGUGGUUUGUGAUCAAGAAGUGGUGCUUUUACUUGGUGAUUUGAAAAAAGAUGCUUACAGAAAAACAGGUUGUAGGCCUUCUUUGAAUGAUCCUGUUUUAGUAUCAAGAAAAGAACACGUUUUUGGUAAGAAAAAGUUUACCACAAGGUUAAAGUUUCAUGAAAAGGGACAUUUUCACGAGCUUUCAAUCGAAUGUAAAAAUCGAAGCGACGUUGCUCCAGAAAUGGAGAUAAGAAUAGAUGGGCAUUCGAUGGUUCAUGUCAAGCAUCUACAAUGGAAGUUUAGAGGCAAUGAAUGUAUUCAUUUUAAGAAAGUAAGAAUUGAAGUUUAUUGGGAUGUUCAUGACUGGCUUUUUAGUCCUGGUUUAAGACAUGCAUUGUUUAUUUUUAAACUAAGUGUUCCUUCGAGUAGUAGCUCUCCGGCGAUAUCCACAGCAUCGUCGCCAUUGUCAUCGCUAAGUUCGGGUUCGGUUGAUGGGUUUGAUCCAAGUGGACUACAUGAACUUUGCCUCUUUUUAUAUGCUUGGAAGGUUGAGUAA